GGCCUGCGACCUAAACCUGAAGCCUCUCUCGAACUCACGCCCUUCCUUUUCCGAAUCUCUCAUUCUUUCAUAACAAAAAAGCCCCUGGACCGGUUCCCAAAUUACGAAAUUAGUAAUCUCAGAAAAUCAUUGACGAGAGUAAAAAGGGAAAUCCUUUUUUCUUCAAUCGAUCUACCUCACAGCGACUUGGCGAAGAAACUAAGAAAUUAGAGAGCUCCUAAAGCAGCAAUUGAUUACUUAGCUGGAAACCUGACGCCAUGUCAACGGGAGAAAUGGUUUCCCGGUCACCUCUAUACAAGCCUCUCAACCAGCUCACCGAGGAUGACAUUUCUCAGGUCACUCGCGAAGAUUGCCGCCGUUACCUCAAAGAAAAAGGGAUGCGGAGACCUUCGUGGAACAAAUCGCAGGCGAUUCAGCAGGUCAUCUCACUGAAAACUCUUCUAGAAACGACAUCGGAUUCUGACGGUGUCAAAGCUUCCAAGAAACUUCACGUUCCCUUCCCCCACAAUCCGCCUCGUUUCGUUUCUGAUUCAACCGUUCAACCGAAUGAAACGACACGGCAUAAAGGGAUCUCGGUCCCGCUAAACGAAUCCGUUCCUCGCAUCCGUUCAGAUCCCUCGGAAUUCAAAUUUUCCGGCGGAAAUUCCGUUCAAACCGCCGUCUCUGCUAAUGAUUCUGUUUCUCCAAGAUCUGCGAGUGUAGCCAAAGAGCCUUCAGGACAGAUGACAAUUUUUUAUUGUGGGAAAGUGAAUGUCUAUGAUAAUAUACCUGGUCGUAAGGCGGAAGCAAUCUUGCAGUUUGCUGCAAGCCCAGUCUCAUUUCUUCAGGAAACUCUAGUUGAUCAAAGGACCACGCCAUUGUCCAUUCCAUGCCAUGUACAGGCUGCAGGUGAUAAAGUAAGCCAACGUUCACCAGGGGUUGUAUUGUCAUCAAUGCAAGCAGUGAAGGUUGCAGAAAACUGUCAAUUUCCUCGAGAGGAUUGCAAUGUAUCUUAUGAAGAUAGCCUUGAAGGUCCCACUAGCAGAAACGCAUUGUUGCAAAGAUAUCUUGAGAAAAAGAAAGACAGGUUUAAGAACAAGAGAAAAUUGGCAACAUCUUCAUCUCGUACCUUAGACAUCUACUUGAAUCAAAUGGGGGAUCAGUUCUCAAAUGAGCAGUCGAAGCAAAGUGAAUCAUAUUCUUCUACUCAAGCUCGACCACCUCACACGCCACUUUGGUGCAGCUCCAUGGAAAAUCUUCCCAAGAUUGCCAAUGUCACUACUCAUCCUGAUGGCAAAGGUGACAAUUUCUUAUCUCUUGCAUAUCAUGUCUUGUCUUUAUGCGAUAAUGGGGUUUGAACCUUGGAAAUCCAGGAAGAUUUUGAUAAGAAUGAUUAUUAGCUCUCCUCUAUGCUAUAUGAUAUGCGAAUGUCCCAUUCCAAAUGCAUAUAACUGAAUUUGAAAAUGCCACCACAGCGCAAAUUUCAUGAUCGUUCUACAAAGGUUCCUGUAAUAUUUAGGUACAUCACCUAUCAUAAUGUGUAACUCGGGUUGAUCCCAGCCACCGGAAAGGAAGGGCUAUUGCUUACUGGUGGUCUUGCCUGGAAAGAUAUCCUUUGGUUUUUGUCAUAUCAUAAACUUCUUUUAUAGCUCAACAUAUUUCAAUAUCCUGUACUAAAAUGCAUCAUAUUUGUACAAUCGACUGGCAUAACUUUAAUGAACUGGUUUUGGUAGACCAACUAAUUAUCACUUUUCAUUCCAUCAUGUAUAACUAUUUCACUUUUUUCUACUUAUUAUACAAAUUAUCAUCACAUGGAAAUCG